AUGACUCCCAUAGCUGGACGGUUCUGGCCUUACACCACGUCAUUCCAAGGCAAACCUGUGGUAUACAACUUCCUACGCGCCUUUCCCGGUCUUGAUUCCGCACUCAAAGCCAAUAGACUAGGCAUGCAUGGUCAAUAUAGCUAUAUACGAGAACAUAUCUUCCUCGGCGGCCAAUGGAUCGGUUUCCAGCUCUGGACUGCCACCAAGGCAGUUGAUUUUAGCCUCCUGUCCUGGCUGGAGGAGCUUGAAGUCAACAAAAUGGGUUUCCUGGUCACAUGGGAGGAACAUAUCGAGCAGAUUGAGACCGAGAACAAAUUCGCCAGUGAUGUCUUCAACCACCUCCAGGAGAAUAACGGGAAGCUUGCCAUCGAAAACGACGACUUGAAGAAGAACCUUGCGCUGGCGGAGGAGCGUCAGAAGUGCUCUUCGACUUCUGGCGCUCUGCGGAGGAGGAGCUCACCAAACAGCUGGAGCUGA